CUACUUUUCACAAUUUUCACAUACCUGUCUAAUUUAGUAUUUCCCAUUUUCACACUUAGCUACCCUGGUACUCCAUAUUUGUUUUUGAGAGGGGGUACUCGUAUUAUUCCCUCCGUUCCGUUGAAAGGUUCCUAAGAGUAAAUGACACGAUUUUUAGGCAAGUGAUUAAAUAAAGUCAAUUGGGUAAUUAAAAAAAGGAAAGAUGAAAUUUAGAAAAUGUAAACAUACAAAGUGAAGGUAAUUAAAGGAAAUAAGUUGAGGGAUGAGAAAUUGUGAGACUUGAUACAUAAUGAGUGAGAAGGAGAAAUUUAAGUAAAAAUACAAUUAAAGAUAGUAAAUUAUAUCCUAAAAUAAAACGAAAACCUUUAAAUAAGACAUCCAAAUAAAGAAACUGCAAACCUUUCAACGGGAUGGGAAGAGUAUUUGCCCACAUGCUUUUAAAACUUUUUUAUGGCAUCUAGGUAUAAACAGAUACAAUUCUUCUUUUCUUAUUUUGUGGUAGUUCUUUUUUAGCUUUUUCCCCGAUCGUUUGCAAAUUCUAGUUUUUUCACUAAUAUAUUUACAUCUUUCAAAUUUUAUGUUUGUUUUUCAAUUUUCAAAGGAGGUUUGUUGGCGCAGUUCGAUCGUCUCUCGCUUCUCUCUAGAUCUUCGGCCGCUUGGAGUUUUUUUCCGUCUUCGAUUUUAAUCGAAGGACGGCUGUUGUUGUUUGUGCUUCAUACUCGAAGGGCGGUUUCGCUAUCAUGGCUCGAGGAGAUCGGCGUUGUGGUCAAGAUUCGAGGAUGAUGUAUUGCUGUCGUCGUUGGAGAAGAUCGGCGCCGCCUAUCCGUUUACUCUGGUUGCAUGAAGCAGAGAUGAGUUUUGGUUAUGCAGGGACGGAGGAUUGAUGCAUGGCCUUUGGCAGACAAAGGUCACAGAGUAUCAAUUAGCAUGGUACCGGUGGUAAGACCUCCUCCUGAACCACCACCAUGGGAUGUACGAGGUGCUAGAGUUCGUGAACGCUUUUCUUGUAGUUUUUAUCUGGUUGUUAUUUGUUUUCUUGUGUCCACUUUUGUUGGUUUUGACAGUUUGUUUGAGUUUGUUGCCUCUCUUUAUGUCAUUGGGUAUGGUUGGAUCUAUGGGAAUAGGUUUGGCUGUGUCAAGCCCACUACAUGGUUAACGAUUCGUGUUGCUCUCUCAGGGGUGACCGUCUCAAAGUCUCACCAUAGGGUUACAGUCGUAGUUGUUGAAGUUUCAGUUGGUGUCAAUUUUAUUUUCCUUUUGCUUAAUGUAAUGAUCAUGAUUUUUUUGAUAUGAAUAGAGGCCCGUUUGAUGAUAAAAAAAAGAAGGUUUGUUGGCCCGACUAAGAAGCUGUUCUCUUCGUCUGAUCUGAAUGUUUCUGAUCUGAAUUUAUUAAGUUCUGAUCUGAUCUGAUCUGAAUUUUUCUGAUCUGAUCUGAAUCUUUCUGAUCUGGUCUGAUCUGAAUCUUUCUGAUCUGAAUCCUUCUGAUCUGAUAUGAAUCUUUCUGAUCUGAUCUGAAUAUUUCUUUAAUUAUAAUUAUAAUUAUUAUAAUUAUAAUUGUAAUUAUAAAUAUAAUUUAUAUAUAAUUUAUAAUUAUAGUCAUAAUUCUAAAAAUAUUUAAUUAUAAUCAUAAUCAUAAUUAUAAUUAUAAUUAAAGUUAUGAAAAAUUAUACC